AUGACUAGCGAAUCCCUCUCCUCGGUCAUGGGGAUCCUCGGACACGCGGCCACGACUUCGGACACCGCGAUGGAAAAGGCCCCUUACUCAUCGUCGCUUCUGGACAACCUCACCCUCAGCUCGGCCCAGGCGGCGUCAGGAGGAGGAGGGGGAGGCGGCGGCGUCGUCGGCGCUGGCCACCCUUCCGCUCUCCCUCCCUCUGCGCCUCCUCCCUUGCCCGCCCUGACGCAGGGGAUGCUGGAGGACCCCUCCUACCGCUCGAUCCUCGACAACCUCACCGUCUUCUACCCGGACCUCCUCAGCUACAUCAACCUCACCAACUGGACCGACCUCCCGUUCCUCCUCGAGGGCUCCGACGCGGGACUCGCCGGCGGCUCGGAAUCCCCCGGCAACGCCACUUCCCCCGCAGGUGGGGGCGCUGCAGGAGGGGGCGACGAGACCGUCCUCUACGACGUGCCGACGGGGAUCGUGGUCCUCCUGAGCAUCUUCUACGGCAGCAUCUCCCUCGUCGCCGUCGUCGGGAACGCCCUCGUCAUGUGGAUCGUCGCCACGUCCAGGAAGAUGCACUCCGUCACCAACUACUUCAUCGCGAACCUGGCGCUGGCGGACAUCAUCAUCGGCCUCUUCGCCAUCCCGUUCCAGUUCCAAGCGGCGUUACUCCAACGAUGGAAUCUGCCCCACUUCAUGUGUGCCUUCUGCCCCUUCUUCCAAACGGUCAGCGUAAACGUGUCGAUUUUCACCCUUACGGCCAUCGCAGUCGAUCGCUACAGGGCCAUUGUCCACCCACUCAGCGCCAGGCCUUCGAAGUUUCGGAGUAAGGUGGUGAUCGCCUCCAUCUGGCUCUUCAGCACAACCCUGGCCAUCCCCAACGCCAUCGCUCUUAGGGUUAUCUACGUGGUGGACACAGCGACAGGCAAAUCUAAACCUUAUUGCGCCCCGGUGAACAUCGACACGGUGGUGAUGUGGGCCUACUCUCACGUGAUGGUCGGCCUCCAGUUCUUCGUCCCCCUCGGCAUCAUCUCCUUCGCCUACAUCAGGAUGGGGUGGGAGCUGUGGGGCGCGCAGACCCCCGGCAACGCAGAGGAUGCCAGGGACGCCCAUGUUCUUAAGAAUAAGAAGAGGGUGAUCAAGAUGCUGUUUAUGGUAGUGGCACUGUUUGCAUUCUGUUGGGCGCCGCUGCAGACAUAUCAUGUGCUUCAGGAGAUUUAUCCCGAUAUCAAUAAGUACCGAUUUAUCAACAUCAUCUGGUUCUGCUGUCACUGGUUAGCAAUGAGUAACAGCUGUUGCAACCCUUUUAUCUACGCUAUAUAUAAUGAGAAAUUCAAACGUGAAUUCCGCCUCAAGUUCCGUUGGUUCUUCAAAGACGUUGGAACGACCGAGAUGAGCGACUUCGAAAGGUCGAGGUACCAGAUCUCUUUCAGGUCGACCCAGAGCACCAUGAUCCGCACCAGCUCAGCCUCCCACGGGCGAAGCAGCAACGGCAGCUCUCCGGGUGACAUCACGGGGCACAACAUAGCUCAUCCGUACCAAGAGGUCCACGUCUGCGUCCCACUCAAGUCCCACUCGCAUCUGCACCCCGAGAUCUAUCGCUCCAAGAUGAGUGGGGAUACAAGGAUGUAAGAUAAGGAAGAGGGAGAGGGAGAGUGUGUAGGUAGCCCUUGGUAGAAUACUCCAUGCGUGCGUUAUUCUCGUAAGUCGCGAAUCAAGUCGAACUCAAGUCGCAAGUCAUGUCGUACUCAAGUCGCAAGUCAAGUCCCACUCGCAUCUGCACUCCGAGAUCCGCCGCUUCCGGGAUGAGAGAGGACACGAGUCUGUAAACGAGUGCGGAGACUAAGUGUGAGUGCGAAGAUCACCCUUGGUAAGAUGUCUACGUCUGAUUACCUCUCAAGUCCCACUCGCAUCUGCACUUACAUCCACCGCGCCAAGAGGAGUGGGGACAUGACGUAAGCGAAUGUGGAGAGGGAGAGGGAGAGUGUAGACCACCUUUGCCGUGGUUUCUCUCGAGUCCCACUCCCAUCUACCACUCUAAGACUACCACUCCAUGAGACGUGUACAACGAGUGUUUAAAGUGAAAGAGUGUACAGGAAGGGAACGGCAUUUGCAAGUGAUUUGAUUCAGAAAAGGAAAAUACAAAAAAAAAACAAAGGUAGAUUGAGACCUUGAAGGUUUUUAAGAUGUCGAAUAGAUUUUUCUUUUUUUGAGAAUGUAUGAAAUUGCUCUAGAAAUUUACAGAAGAAGCUUAGUGAUAACUUUGAAAGGUUUCUGUUAUGAAUGAGAUGUACUCGAGGACAUCUAGGCAUGUUGAUCAGUAACAUUGAUUUUAUAAAGAAAAUGAAUCAGUGCAAUAACAAAAACCAUUAUUUACUGAGUGGGGUACUAACACACUACACUGAGUAGA